UUUAAUCUCCUCCUCCUCCCACAAAAUCUUUUUAAUUAGAAAAAAUAACAAAAAUAAAAAACCCAAAAAACUCAUCACCUUCUCUCUCUCUCUCUCUAAAUCCAUGGAUCCUUCCCUCUCUGCACCGAACGAUCCUCACCAUUCUCCACCGUUCCCCUUCUCCGUUCACCAUCACCCCUUCUACACCAACAACAACAACAACAACAACAACAACCAGUUCUAUCAACCGCAGCCGAAUCCGACAUGGGUUCACCCUCCUUACUCCGAAAUGAUUUGCUGUGCGAUUGCUGCGUUGAACGAAGCGGAGGGGUCAAGCAAGCAAGCGAUAUCGAGGUACAUCGAGAGGACGUACACAGGGAUACCUCCUGCUCACGGAGCUUUGAUGACUCACCAUCUCAAGUCUCUCAAGAACAGUGGCGUCCUCGUGAUGGUGAAGAAGUCCUACAAACUAGCACCUGAACCUCCCAGAUCUGACUUCAACCAGACGCAACCCUUGCCAGAUCUUGCUCCGACAGCUUCUCAGAAGCGUGGUCGUGGUCGUCCUCCAAAGCCCAAACCGGAUGUUCUUCAGACCAACGGAUUACCUCAGGAGCAGAUACUGCCCUUACCCCCACCGCAGACGGUGGUUAAGAGACCACCGGGUCGUCCUAGGAAAGACGGAGCUUUACCGACAGUGAAGACUCCUGUUGAAGCUGCGAAACGAAGAGGUCGGCCACCGAGCGGAAGAGCUGCCGGGAGAGAGAGGAAGCCAGCUGUUGUCUCGGCUCCUGCUUCGGUGAUCCCGUAUGUUUCUAACGGCGGUGUCAGACGCAGAGGAAGACCAAAGAGAGUUGACGCUGGUGCUUCUGCGCCUAAAGCAGAGGGUGGAGGAUCAGGAUCAGUCGUGGUUGCGAAGAGAGGAAGAGGACGGCCUCCUAAGGUAGGAGGUGUGGUGAGGAAGCCUAUGAAGCCCAAGAGAGGAGGCUAUGUUCGUACUGGACGACCCCUUGGAAGACCCAGAAAGAAUGCUGCGGCAAAGGGAGCUUCCAGACAACAAGAUAUUGGCUAUGGCGAACUCCAGAAGAAGUUUGAGUUGUUUCAAGAGAAAGCUAAGGAGAUUGUUAAUGUGUUGAAAGCCGAGGUCGGAGGAAGUGGAAACCAUGCAGUGGUUCAAGCUAUACAGGCGCUGGAAGAGCUAACAGUUACCACAACGGAGGAGCCAACGCACAUGGAAGAAGUGCAGCCGGAUGAACAACACCCUGGAAAUGAACUAGAGCUUGAGGGACAUGGACAAGGGCAGCCGCAGACAGAAGCAGAAGCAAUGCAAGAAGCGCUGUUCUGAAGAGAGCAGCCUUGACAAAACUAAUAAAAGCUAGCAAGUGGUGGUGGUGAUGAUGAUGGUGGGCUUGCUUGUUGUGUUUUCCAUGAAUUUGUUAAUUUUAUAAGGGUGUUUGCAGGAGAAAAAUCUUUUUAAGUAAAACGAUGAUGAAUGGUGUCUCUAACGAAACAAGGAGAGGUACUGAGGUAGAGUAAUGUAUGUAAAGUAAUUAGGAUAUAUUGCCAUUGUUCAUGUACCUCUCUCUCUCUCGAUAUCAUCCUUGUCUGUAGGCUUUUGCUUUGUACCCUCAUGUUUCUCAGACAAUGGUCUUUUAUUUGGUUUUUAGAGCACCCAAGUUUCUAAA